CUGAAAAGGAGCCGCUCCGGAGAAGUGAAUUCAUUGAGCAAGAAGCAGCGCUACCCCCGCGUACAUGCAGAAUAAUGAAGCGGUAUGGACUUUAGGAGUAAGGCGCUUAGGACAGCAGUAGCAGAUCUUUGCCUUUACCGGAUGCCUUCAAUGCGAUUUUUGAUUACAGAAUCUGAGGGGUGAAACGCAGCUCGUUUCCAGUGAUGCAUUAGGCAAGUGUAAUUAUGUUUAGAUAAACAAUUUUGGAAAGUUUAAAAAAAAAGACUAGUUUUUUAUCGGACAUUCUGGGGAUCAGUUCACACUUAUUCCUGCAAACUUCUUUAACAGAGACGACAAGUUAAUUUUCAGCUUUUUUUGUUGCUUAAGAUGUUCUCGUAUCAAAUGUAUAUUAGUUUCCUGGUUCUCUUGUGCCUUGAUGGGAUACCCCGAGCCGCGGCAGCGGCGUGCGAGCUCGUCCGGAUCCCAAUGUGCAAGUCGAUGCCUUGGAACAUGACCAAGAUGCCCAACCACCUCCACCACAGCACCCAGGCAAACGCGAUGCUGGCCAUCGAGCAGUUCGAGGGGCUGCUUGGGACCAGGUGUAGUCCGGUUCUACUGUUUUAUCUCUGCGCCAUGUACGGUCCCAUCUGCACUCCUGAGUUCCAGCAGGAGCCCAUAAAGCCGUGCAAGUCGGUGUGCGAGCGGGCCAAGUCUGGCUGUGAGCCGGUCUUGAAACAGUACAACCACACAUGGCCGGAGAGCCUGGCGUGCGACGAACUGCCCGUGUAUGACCGCGGGGUCUGCAUCGCUCCGGAGGCGAUAGUGCAAGUGGAAGGGCCUGAUCGAUGCAAAUGCAAGGGAGUAAAACUAACUUACAAGACAUACACGAAGAACAAUUAUAAUUAUGUAAUUCGAGCAAGAGUCAAGGAAAUACGAACUCGGAAUCACGAUGUCAGCGCUAUCGUGGAGGUCAGAGAUAUUCUGAAGUCAUCCCUCGUCCACAUCCCCCGAGACACGGUGACGCUGUACUACAACUCAGGAUGCCUGUGUCCCCCCCUCAUCCUCAACGAGGAGUACAUGAUCAUGGGCUACGAGAGCGAGGAGCAGUCCAGGUUAUUGCUUAUCGAAGGUUCGAUUGCACAGAAGUGGAAGGAUCGAAUGGGGCGGAGAGUGAAGCUUUGGGACCAGGUGCCUCGUGGUGUGAGGAGUCGUCAUGCAUCGUGAAGUUGCCCCCUGGGGGACGAACGAACAUCAGCCCAAAGACGACACGUUUGAAACAUCGACUUAAGAAUUUGCACUAUUGCACACUCUCGUUUCUCGUUAAAUCGUUGCCACAUUAAUUGAACUUUAGUUGAAUGUAGAUUGAUUAAUUUUUUUUUCUUUUACCAUUCCUGCUCUGCAUUUCAUUACUUUGUCGUCACAUGAAGGUAGUGUUAACCCAAAAGGCACUGUGUACAGUUUGAGAGUGGAGCCGGAUGUGGGAUUUAGUAUAAAAGUCAGACUUUCAUGACUGGGGUGGGGGGGGGGGGAUGACACUGGGGAUUUCACAAAGAGGAAGGCUGGACACCUCCUCUGUGUUGGACCACCGGCUGCUGUGAACAUUUCCGUGAUGAUAGAGCGGUUCCCAGACGUUCCUAAGGCACUCAGAUGAGAAACAGGCGUCCCAUAAACAGUUUGAGGGGGGGAGUGAAUGGACAGUGGAGCAGCACAGGGGCAAUUCUAGGAUUUUUAAAGUGGGGAGCAUAAAAGAGGCCAACCUUAUCAUUAGCCUUUUUUGAAUCAGUGAGUGUUUUGAAUCGGUGAGUGAAAGGGGAGGGGGCCAAUCAGCUUUAAGCUGGAGACAAGGCCCCUUUUGCCCCACUCUGUAGUGGGCAACCAUUGGAGGUCCUCACUGAGAGAUGUUCACUUUAAAGUCACUCUAGUUACUUUCAGGCGCACCUAUGAGUACGUCCUUCGAGAUCUACGUGGGAAAUUAUCCAAACUUUGCCACCUUUGGACGGUUCAGUCAAAUUUUUCUUUCACUUCUGUUUGUAUUCGCUCUGCCCCCUUUGUCAUACUCAGCUUAAACUGUGAAGCAUCACUUCAUUGCCGCCUGUCGUUUGAUUUUAUAUUAUGUAGCACAUAUUAGCGGGGGGGUCUUCUGGUGAAGAGCCAAAACCAGUGAGCCAGGAAAGACCUCAGCACCUGUCAAACAAAUGACAUCAAUGUGUAAUUCUCCCUACUUCUAUAUUACAGCGAUUGAUAUGCCGUUUAUAAUUGAAACACACUACUUCACAAGUGUUUACGAGGACGAUGGGCCCCAGUUGCAUGGUGAGAGAGGCCCGUGACUUGGCGUCGAGUUGCAGGCGGUUCCUCUACACAUGUGAUCCAGACCAAGGCACCUAACCAGAACUGCUUCAGUGUACUCCAGCUCUAUAAAUGGGUAAAGUGUAUCGCUGUAAACCAUGUAGGUUGCUGUGGAUAAAACGAUUUAUAUAAUGAAUGAUGCAUCAAUAAAAUGACUUCAUAUAGUGCAAAUGUA